UCUCUUGCCUGUCUCUGAAACAGGAUCGUACACAAAUUAUAACCAUGUUCUUGGUUUUAUUUUAAACCAAAUAUUUUCUUCCAUAUCAAGAAGAGUGCACUUCUUAUUGUUCUUGGGAUAAUUCUGUUUCUUCAGUUAAAUUAAAUUGUAGGAUCUUCCAGUUUUCUCGGUGCUUUUGGCAUUGAAGGACUGCAUUGCCUUCCUUUAUUAGCAGCUGAGUUAGAAAUUUUGAGGUGCUAUUGUCUUGCUAUGGAAAAGAGCAAAACAACUUAUUUGGCAAAGGAAGAUGGCAUUGAAGUACUUCCCGCGCUAAUCAAAGUCACUACUGCACACGAGGUGGCCAGUUUUGAUUGUGUAAUGCCUCACGAUGAUGCAAAAGAUCGGCUUAAAUUAUCCAGCUUUCAUUCUUUCAGUUCCUCGGAUGUGGGGACUGAAUCAGCUGCUGCAGAAGGUCAAAAUAAAUUUUCUCAUUCCAAGAUUACACAUUUUGUUUCUAUUAGCAUGCCACCUUCUCCUUUGGGAGCUCAUCUUGAAAACAAGAAAGAAGUUCCCUCCCUAGAUAAAGAUGUAGCAAUUGCGGGAGAUGAUAUUCCGAAUUCAGCUGCUACAUCCGAGAAGACAACGAAGACAAAAUUUUAUUCUCAACCAAUGCCAAAAGGUUCUGCAUUGAACGAGACCAUCGCAAAUGGAUCAGUUUCUAAUCCUCCAGAGCUCCCACUAAGAAAUCCCAUGAUUUACAAGCUGAAAAAUAGACCAUUUGACCCAUUUAAGACAUGGUCGGGUAAACUAGAAAGACAGAUAUCGAAUUUGCGAGGAAAACAUUCGGAAACUGCGCAAGAUGUCGAGUCUCAGCAUCCUGCAGAAGUUGAAGCUUUACCUGUGGAUCGAUAUUUUGAUGCCUUGCAAGGACCGAAAUUGGAUACUGUACGAGCUUCUAAAGAAGUACUUCUUCCAGAAGACAAAAAAUGGCCAUUCCUUCUACGUUAUCCAAUAUCUUCUUUCGGUAUCUGUCUUGGUAUUAGCAGCCAAGCCAUUAUGUGGAAAACCUUAGCCACUUCUACUUCCAUGAAAUUCCUCCAUGUAAGCCCGGAUGCAAAUCUUGUACUGUGGUGCAUAUCUGUUGCUCUUGUAGCAGCUGUCUCUUUCAUUUACAGUCUGAAAGUGAUUUUCUACUUUGAAGCUGUUCGUCGUGAAUACUACCACCCAAUACGCAUUAACUUCUUUUUUGCUCCAUGGAUUGCGCUUUUGUUUUUGGCUCUUGGAGUUCCACCAUCGGUUUCUCAAAAUCUUCACAAAUCUCUAUGGUAA